GUGACGGAUCAUUUUAUAGAAGCCUAUUGGUUUGGCCUUGAUGAUUUGAGCAAGGAGGGUGAUUUUCGAUGGAGUGAUGGAACAUUCUUGCAAGAAACAGGAUUUGCUACAUGGGCUGCCGGAGAACCCUAGUAAUUAUGACGGAGCGGAACACUGCGUAGAAUACUGGGAUAGAUCUGGUGGCUUGAAUGAGGAGCUCAUUGGUUGGAAUGACCGAUCGUGCGAAUAUUCACAUCGGUUUAUCUGCGAGAAAUCAGAAGUAAAGCCUAAAUAUCUUCUUGCCAUGACUUCAUCCCCUUUCGGGAGUACCGAAACGCCACCUAGUUUCUCUUGUGUACUCUCACCGGACAAUGUACAGGAUACCAUAACCUACACUGAGAGAGAAGUUAGACCAAGCCUCUCUACUGAAGGGUAUUCACUGGACGUACCGGGGACGAACACAUCUCUGAUUGGUGGCUUUACACAGAACCUACCUGCUGGUGCGACCUCCGUUGGAGUUUAUAAGUGUUCCAGUACAUCUACCAUCACUGGUACUUCGACAUCUGUGGAUGUAACUAUCCUCUCACAAGACAGACAUUUUCAACCGAGUGACGGUCGCCCCACCAAAACAAUUUAUCCCGGUGAUGACAUCACACUCUCAGUGUCUACCACUGAUAGGUAUGGAUCGGGGUCGGAUGAAAUCCGUUGGAGCACCUUCUCAAAUCUUGCUGAAGGAUCUUUGUCUCCAAAUGGAGAUGGAACUCUAACCUAUACUAUUCGUUCAGCAACUAAGCGAAAUGCAGAUGUCUACGGAACGUUCCAAAACAAUGCAGUGGACAACCGUCUUUACAGCUUGAUUCGCGUCAUAGUUAGUGACUGUCCCCGUGGCCGAUGGAACCUACCGUUAUGUGAUCGUUUGUGUGAUAACUGCUACAAUGGAGGGAUCUGUCAUCCUCAAUCAGGAACAUGUAUCUGUCCUCCAGGAUUCAUCGGCAAAAAUUGUCUCACCGCAUGCGUCAAGCAUCGUUUUGGAUGGGAUUGUGAACUUGAAUGUGGUGUUGGCAAUGCUCUGGAUGCUUGCAGUGGAAGUCAUAUCUGCCUGCCCGAUCCCUAUGGUUGCAACUGUCUCUCUGGAUACACAGGAAUCUACUGCGAUGAACAAUGCCCUCCAGGGAAGUUUGGUGUUGACUGCAUUCAAAAUUGUCACUGUGCUGGAGGGAUACCAUGUGAUGCUUUCACUGGAAGAUGUGAAGGAAGCUGCGAGGAUGGUUGGUCAGAAGACGGAUGCCAAGUCCCGAUUGUGUGCCCUACUGGUUAUACCGGAAUUACUUGCUCAGAGUUUUGUAAUUGCCCGGAUCACUCAAAAUGUGAGAAGGAAUCAGGGUUCUGUACUUCAACACAAGGACAAUGUGAGAUUGGAUACGUUGCUCAAUCUCCAGAAACACCUGACCUUUGUUCCACUUUUUCUGGGUGUUUUGACUCUUGUUCGAAAACAUGUCAUUGUGCUGGUGGUUUUGAAGACUGCGACCCAGAGACCGGGAUGUGCUCAUCAUGCCACCCUCGUUGGAUGGGAGACAAUUGUCAAAUAGAUCGUUUUACCGUCACAAGGGAGAAGGCGAACCCAGGAAUUGCGAUCUUUUCAUGUGCAUUUACUCCUGAUUCACCGGACAGUACCCUCGUCGUCAGAGCUAGUAUAGGAAACCUAUCUAGGAAUAGUUUGAUGAACGAACAGGGGGCUCAAACUCCAGCUGAAGAGCCUUCAGUACAGUCGAACUUUACCUUGUUCUCUGACGACAUUGAAACUCAACCCAUCUAUUGUUUUGUGGGUGAUUCAACGAGUGACGGUGGAUUCGCUUACGCCAGGUUGUCACCUUCGGGUACAUUCGCACUUCCAGUGAUCAGAAAUCCGCCUCGAAUUGCAGAGCUGGGUUUUAACCAUGCCGUCAUUGCUUGGGACCCCUGGGACCCUUCAGUUGAUGUCGGUGAUGGUCCUAUCGUUGGAUACAAAGUAUACGUUACUUCUUCUGAUGGGAACGAAACAAACACCUUUAUAACGGCAUCAGGUGUUCCAUCACCAUCGCCAGGAUCUGUGCCUUCAAGGAAAAGAAGAGAGUACGUAGGAUCGAUGAAAUCUUCCUACGAAGUAUUUACAACGGUAAGGGAAGAACGAGACGGAAGGCUGAUAAAACAACUUCAGGUGGAACCCUUACCCAAUGAGACUUCUAGGAAGAAGAGGCAGGGAGACUUAGACAUCCUGAUGCACAACAUCACAGGCCUAGACCAAGGUCAGUCGUAUGAAAUUCGGAUGUCGGCAGUUCGUGAAGGGCUAGGCGGUGAAGGAGAAAAGAGUCCUGCUUUGAGUUUGACAACUCGCGAAAUAGAUCCGAUUUCUGGCGCUUCUAAUAUUGGUCCAAUCAUUGGUGGCUGUAUAGGUGGAAUAAUUAUCAUUCUGUUGAUUGUCGGCCUGGUGAUCAUGAAAGUUAAAAAAAGAAGAUCUAGAGAUCGACCCGAAGAAGUUUCCAAAUCUGUGACUUACAAAAACGAUGGAUUUAUCGAAGGCAUUGCCACUGAUAAAGGCCAAGAAACAGACGAACCAUCUCAGCGGUAUGAGAACCUUGGACGUCGGAAACCGAUGGAACCUUCAAACCAGAUUCCUAUGCCCGACGUACCAACUAGGCCUACUCGUUUAGACGAGGGUGGCAAACCUACACGGGUUACAGUAGAGGGAUCUCCAAAGGAUCGUCGCCUCAUACCUGUCUCAGAGUUCGCAACCUUUGUUGACAACAUUAAGCACAAUGACUCGUUCUAUGAGGAUUUCCGAACCUUGGCAAGGAUUUGCCCUGACCCUCCAGCAUCGUUGAUAAAAACUGCUUUGAAGAAAGAAAACCGGUCAAAGAGUAGGAGUGCUAACAGCCACCCACUGGAUAGGAACCGAGUCAUCCUCGAGUCUUUGGGCUCCGUAGAUUCAGAUUUCAUCGAUGCCAGCUACGUUAAGGGUAUUCGAUACAGGUUUAUAACCACACAGAUGCCUAUGCCUAACACAAUCGCUGAUUUCUGGAACAUGGUGUUUUACAAUCAACCCUCCGUGAUCAUAAUGCUGAACGGUGAUGACAGACGUAACAAGAGUUUUGCCCAAUACUGGUUGGACAGUGGCGUUGCAACUUUCGGAUCCUUUUCUAUCACUACGGUGUCUGUCUCAGAGAACGAAGGACUGAUAGAGAGGGAGAUGCAAGUUACUAGAAAUAAUUCAAAGGCUCAUCAUAUCGUGAAGCAAUACCAGUUCUUAGACUGGCCAAACAAGACCGAGCAGCAAGAGAAUCGAGCUCCUGAACUAAUCGAUCUGAUGACAAAAGUUCAGGAAACUUUGAAAGCAUCCUCAGAAGGGUUCCCAGUUCUUGUUCAUUGCAUGGAUGGAGUUGGCCGAACAGGUGUGUUCUGUAGCACGCUUGAGUGCAUCGCACAAGUAAACGAAGAGGGCGCUGUUGAUGUCUUUCACGUGGUGAAGAUGCUCAGGAACGAAAGGAUGCAUUUCGUACAAACCGAGGAAGAAUAUUCGUUCAUCCAUGAGCUGAUCAAAGAAUAUCUUCGAGAACAUGAGUACGAGGAACCGCUACCCGAGGUCUCGUCGAACGAUCACACUUACACGAACGUAUGCUGAAUCACCUCUGGCCCAGGUUCCGGUGAGAGCAAGCAUGUCUACGCACAACUGUAAGAGGACUCCCCAGAUAAACGAGUAUAUACGUACCCCAUUGAUGACAGAUAUUUCCGAAUGAGCAUUAAAUACUCUUCUAGCUAACGAAUCCAAGUACUAGGGAAUUGCUUAAAAAGGAAUGACGCACUUGCGAUCACUGAACACACGAAAUGGUCUCCUUGAUAAACUUAAAGUUAGUCCAAACGGAGCGUCAAGUUAUUCAGAACAGUUCGUCUAACAAGACGGAGCAGCUUUACAUCAUCUUUAGCGUGUGUUGCACCACGAAUUGUCCUGCGACAAUUUGUGCAAAAUUUGACACCACAAAUUUUCACCCAUGCACAAAUUGUUUCCUCAUUUAGGCGACAAUUUGUGGAGGACGAGGGGAUACCACAAGUGUCACCACAUUUCACUUAACAAACAAAAUAGGUCAUGUAGAAUUGCUAUGCAAUCAGACCAUUUGGCUAUUAGACGAAUUGGUCAUUAGACCUAGUAUAUAUUAGAUCAAUUGCAAAUUAGACCAAAUUAUUAGUAGACCUAAUAUAUAUUAGAUCAAUUGCAAAUUAGACCAAAUUAUUAGUAGACCAAAUGAAUUAAGCCCAUGUUUUAUUAGACAAACGGAGAAUUAGUCCAACUGUUGUUAGACCAUGUGGAGGCUCUGCAGCUGUUCUCUAUAUCCACCCCAAAGGUAAAUUACCAGUUGGUCUAAGCCCGACCUUAUUAUAAUGCUGUUUAGCCUCAUCCUAUACAAGGUAUAAUUCCAUUUCGUCUAGAAAUUACUCUUUGGUCUAAUUGUUAUUUUUCCUAUUUACCAUUCCGUCUAAUUUCCAUUUGGUCUAAUUUCUAUUUUUUCUAAUAUCUAAUUGGUCUAACAUCACCUGGUCAAUUCCUGUAACAGUAUUUCAUUCGAUAUUUCAUAUGACAAUAUUUCAUUUGGAUUUAGACGAAAAGGAUAUUAGAUCCUUUGGCUAUACGACGAUUCGGCAUUUAAACCGACUAAUUAUAUUCGACCAGGUCCUAUACAUUAGACCAAGUGGAAGUUAUACUUUUACAACAGCAAGUGGGUUUAGGUCGUAUGGUAUUAGACGAUCAGAGAGUUGACCAACUGCUACUGCUAGACCAAGUGGAUGUAACCCCCCCCCUAAAAAAAGGAUAAAUAAAAUGAAAUAAAAACGAAAAAAUGAAUAAUAAUAAUAACCACAUCCACACACACCCUCCUCUAACACAACGCACACAACCUUACCACAAACAAUGACACACACCAGGAUGCACAUACACUACACAUCAAGGGGUGUUUCAUCAAUAUUUUCGUCCGACAAGUUGUCAGAUCUGACAACUUUCCUGGAUUCUGAUUGGUUGAGAAGCA